AUGAUGGAACUUUAUAUAUGGCCUUCAGAGUUUGGUCUUCCAUCCGUUGAUCCACAAUGCCUGCAGUUUAUGGCCUGCGCAAAAUUUUGUGCUGCUCCAAUAACAGUUGUUCCUUCUACCUCUCCUUGGAAAUUUAAUGGAUCUUUUCCUUUAGUAGCCAUCAAACGGGAGGGGAGAUCGAAACCAGAUUACGUGGCUGAUUUCGAUAGUUUUGCAGAAAUUCUACGUACCAGCGCUCAAGAUGUAAUUCUGGACAGCGAGCUAACUGCUGCACAGAGAAGUGAAUUUGACGCUUAUUCUAGCAUGAUGCUACAAAGUUUUUAUCCUGCUUUGCUUUAUUUGUUAUGGCUGGAUCGGUGGAAUUAUGAAGCUGUAACUUCUCCUUGGUUCUCUACAACAUUGUUUUUUCCUUAUGGGCUCUAUUAUCUGGAAAAGCACCGUAUGAAAGUGAAAGCUUACAUAGAUGCUCGGGGUCGAUCAGAAAAGAGUUUGUUACUGGACGCUAUGACAACUAUUAGCUUGCUGUCUGCAAAGCUAGGAGACAACAAAUAUUUUUAUGGGGAUAAGCCCAGUUCUCUUGAUGCGUUGAUUUUCGGCUACCUAGCUCCUAUUAUGAAAAUGCCGCUGCCCUCUGACCGACUACAGCAACACCUGCUGAGUUUUGCGAAUUUAGUUAGAUUUGUGGAAUCGAUAAUUAGCAUAUAUCUACCACUGACGGAUUCUCAAUUACGACUUCAGUCUGUUUCCCGUGAUGUCUGGUUUAAAAGAAGAACACGUGCUCAGAAAGCUGCCGAACGUUUAAACAUAAAAAAACAAACCGCUGAACCAGAAGAAGCUGUGAGUCAAAUGAAUUUUGCAUUUUCAUUGAGUAGAACUAUUUUGAGCUUGUUUUUCAUAAAAUUUUUUACACCACUUAGAGAUACAGUGCUUUUCGCAUUUGCUGCAGUUACAUUGUCGUUAUUAUUCGCGGUACACACGGGACUUGUUGCCUUUCAGACUUCUGACGAAGAGACGGAGGAAUAG